AUGGACGAACUACCGGUACUAAACAGUCUCUGCAAAGACCUUUAUGAAAGUGUCGAUCCGCAAGUUCGACACCGGGCGGAGAUGAAUCUGGCGGAGCUUUCAGAGUCUCCGGAGUGUCUUCAGCGAUGCAUGUUGUUGUUGGCUAGGGGAGAUUACCCAUAUGGACCGAUGGUGGCUAGCACGACGCUUAUGAAGCUUCUCGGCGGAAAGACGAGUAUCACGUCGACUCAGAAACUGGAAUUGGCGAAAUACCUGCUGGAGAUGCUCGGACAAGGUGCUCCUCAAUUCCCACCAUAUCUUGUCACCUCACUCUGUCAACUCUUCGCCCGACUCACAAAACAAGAGUGGACUUAUCAGAAUCCGAACAACGAAAACCAACAAAGCCAGGGAGACGAUGUGAAAAUCGAUUAUCCAUUCCGUGACCCUGUGGAUAGUCUUGUCAAAACCAUCAACAUGGAUAAUCUUGAAGAAAGUAUGCUCGCUGUACAACUCCUUACAAUGCUUGUCUCCGAUAUGAACUCUGCCGCCGGAAUGGAAUCCGUUAAUAAGCAUCGCAAGAAUCUUUCCCAGUUUAGAGACGAUUUUCUAUAUGAAAUUUUCUCGGUGUCUUUGAAUUUUUUGAGCGAUAAUGUCGAUCGAAAUCUCAAUGAGCGACAGAUCGCCCUUCUUCACACAGUUUUGAACUUAAAUCUUCAAUGCUUGCUGUUCGAUUACAUAGGGAGUCUUACUGAUGAAACAAGUGAAGACAAUUGCAAUGUGCAAAUCCCUACUGCGUGGAGAGCCAGUUUCACCGACGGGAAGAUUGUUCAGUUGAUGUUUAAGCUUCUCGACAAGUUGCCACAGGAAUCCAGUGAGAAAGUGAUGACUAUUAUAGCACAGCUUGCCAGUAUCAGAAGAACUCUUUUCAAUGGAACAGAGCGGCAAGCGUAUGUGCAAAAACUUGUUGAAGGUGUUGUGGCGGUGAUCAUGAAUCCAGAAAAGCUCAGUGAUCAGGCUGCAUUCCACGAGUUCUGUCGCCUUAUCGCCCGUCUCAAGACCAACUACCAGCUCUGUGAGCUCAUCGCCGUCCCUUGCUACAGUCACAUGCUGCGACUUCUCGCCGAAUUCACAGUACAAAGCUUAAGAAUGAUGGAGUUUUCAGCGAACAGCACCUAUUUCUUAAUGACAUUCUGGCAGCGAAUGGUGACAUCCGUCCCAUAUGUUCGUAACAACGAUGAGCAUCUUCUCAACGUGUACUGCCCGGAAAUUAUGACAGCUUUCAUUGAGAGCAGACUGCAACAUGUUGAGAAUGUUGUGAGAGAGGGCGCUGAAAAUCCGUUGGAUGAUCAAGGAUCGACGCUGCAAAUUUUGGAGCAUCUCGCUAUAAUUUGUAGAUGUGAAUAUGAGAAGACGUGCAAACUUUUGACUCAACAUUUCGAUCAGAAUGCGAAUAUUUGGAUGAAUGGACCGGAAAAUGACGUGAACACCGCUAUCGCCGAGGGUCGUCUCGUCUGGUUGAUCACUCUGAUUGGAACUGCCGUGUUUGGAAAAACGACGUCUACCAGCAGCGAUACACACGACAAAAUGGACGGAGAGUUGAUAGCUCGUUGUAUAACAGUGAUGAAGUUCAACGACAAUCGCCUUCAACUAUCUAACACUACUAUCCCUCUGAAAGGAAAUCUCCGUUUGGAAGUCUCGUUCAUUCACAUGUUGGAACAGUUCCGUCGAGCAUACAUUAUGGAUCAAAUAACUCGAGCCAGUGCGGUUUAUGACACCCUUGAAGCCGAGUUGCGUAUCUCUGAAGAGUCGGAUAUGCUGGGAGUGAUUGUUCAGAAGAUUCUCACAAAUCUCAAAUUCUGGCCAUCGAAUUCCGAUCUUCUUGAUUUGUCGCUCUCAUUGCUCAAAGAUUUAUCAUUGGGAUAUUCUGCAGUCAGAAAACUUUUCCGUCUCCCAGAAGUUCAACUUCUUCUGAAUAAUCACACAGCAGAUCACUUCAUUUUCCUCGGACCCACCAUAGAUUAUCAGACAAUGAAGCAGAGAACAACAUUCUAUGAGGCUCUCACACGACUUCUCACUACGGAUUAUGCUGACGAUGAGGAAAUGCUUCAGAGAUUCUUGCGACCAUUGACUGACACUGUUGAGGGAAUAUGCACUGUGAUACAGAAUAAUUGUCAGGGAAUUGAAGAGGAGCAGCUCAAGAAAAUCAUCUGCGGACUGUGCAGAGAUCUUCGUGGUGUUGCUAUCGCUUCAACAACGAAAGCGAUAUUCCAGCUCUUGUUUGAGUGGAUGUACCCAGAAGUGUUCAACAUCAUGCAGUUCUCCGUCGAGAAAUGGCCGGGAUGCGCCGACGUCGUCACUCCAAUUCUCCGUUUGCUCUCAGAAAUGGUACAAAACCGGCAGCAACGCCUGAAAUUCGAAAUGAGCUCCUGCUCGGCCGUGCUUUUGUUCAAGGAGACUUCCAAGAUUGUGUCGAUUUACGGUGACCGACUCCUCCAACUGCCGGAUGUGUCCAAGGAUCGUGUUUACAAGGAGAGAUACAAGAACAUCGGAGUGAUCUUCUUGAUUCUCAAAAAUGCGCUUAUAGGGGCAUAUGUGCCAUUCGGAGUAUUCAGACUCUAUGGAGAUUCUUGUCUUCAAGAUGCGCUGACCACCUUUGUUAAACUGUUUAUGAGUAUCCCUCCGGAUGAUUUCCAUAGCUACACGAAAAUCGCUCAAAACCACUACAACUUGCUGGAGCACGUCGUCCAGGACAACAUGCCAUUCGUCACGAAUCUUUCCGUCGACGUCUUCUGCUCACUUCUCCGAUCGAUUCACUCGGGGCUUAGCUCGGUUGACGCGAUUGUGAUAACGUCUGCAUGCUCAUCUCUUGACACUAUUCUCAAUUAUUUGUAUCGCCGAUUGACAAGAUCGACACCGCCAUCGAAUAAAGUUGGUAUGGAUCCAGAGGGAGAUAAUAUUCUGAUUGCUAUCAAGCAGCAUCCAGAUAUUCUUGCUAAGAUGCUCCAAGCAGUGAUCACUCUGAUGAUGUUCGGAGAAGUCAAGUGCCAAUGGAGUCUGUCCCGCCCACUUCUUGGCCUAAUUCUCAUACAAGAAGACGUCUAUUCGAACAUGAAGCGAGAGCUUACCUCCCAACAAACCUACGAUCGUCAGUCUGAUUUCGAUAUGCUCUUCACUCAACUAAUGUCGAAUGUGGAGAUGAAUUUGACGGUGAAGAACAAGGACACCUUCACACAGAACUUGACUCGAUUCCGACGUGACAUUGCGAUGGUCCUCAAGGGACAAGCGCUUCCAGCCACUUCAUCUGUCAGUCAAGAGAUGCAAUAG